CAUCUCUCUUUUACAAUCCAAUUCAUACUUAAAAGUUUCCAUAAAAAGAAAACUUCCUACAAUGUCAUCACUUCUCUCUAUUUUCCUCCUCUUCGCCGUCUUCAUCAGCCACUGUGGAGCCACCACCGAAGCUGCAGUAGAAGCAGUAAAGGACAUCAAUGGAAAACCUCUCCUCGCAGGCUACAACUACUACAUCUUGCCUGUAGUUCGCGGCCGCGGCGGAGGACUAACCAUGUCCAAACCUGAGAAUAAAACAUGUCGGACAAGUGUGAUCCAAGCCCGAUUCGAAGUCUCUCAAGGCCUACCUUUAAAAUUCUCACCAUUUGACAAAUCAAGAAUCGUCCGUGUCUCAACUGAUCAAAACAUCAAGUUCUCUCAAACUUCGAUCUGGGAAUUAGCCAAUUUCGACGAGACCACGAGUCAAUCCUUCAUUUCAACUUGUGGCGUUGAAGGGAAUCCGGGUCUGACAACGGUUAGUAACUGGUUCAAGAUCGACAAAUUUGACAAAGAUUACAAGAUCAGGUUUUGUCCUACAGUCUGCAACUUCUGCAAAGUCAUCUGUAGAGACGUUGGAGUGUUUGUGCAAGAUGGAAUGAGAAGACUUGCUUUGAGUGAAGUUCCAUUAAAGGUUAUGUUUAAAAGAGCAUAGAUACAACGAAAUUCCACAAAAUAUUUACAAUGUUUCUGUAACACCCAUUACUAAUAAAUAAGAAGUCUUUUCACUGCUU